AUGGCGCUCGAUGGCAUCAAAGUAGUAGAAUUUGCAGGCCUAGCACCAGGUCCGUUCGCAGGUCUGGUACUUGCUCACAAUGGGGCAUCCGUCAUCCGCAUUGAUCGCCCUUCCUCUACAACCAGAGAUUUGCUUUGCGCAGGAAAGCGGUCGAUUGCGUUGGACAUGAAGACUGCGAGCGGACUGCGAGUCGCGAAGGAACUCAUCGCUAAAGCAGACGUCGUAAUUGAUCCAUUCAGACCUGGGGUACUUGAAAAGCUUGGGCUUGGUCCUGAGGCGUUUCAUUCAAGUGACAAGCGGGAAGGUCUGAAUGACAGACUUAUAUUUGCAAGGCUCGCAGGAAAUGGUCAUGAUAUCAAUUAUAUCGCCCUUAGCGGUGUUCUCUCCAUGCUUCCGGGAACCACCGAUAAGCCCGCUUUCCCUUUGAAUUUAAUUGCCGACUUUGCUGGAGGCGGCCUAUUAUGUGCAAACGGCAUACUGCUGGCUCUGCUCGAACGAGGCAGGAGUGGCCGCGGACAAGUCGUGAAUGUGGACAUGGUUUCUGGUUCGCGUUAUGUAUCGUCGUUUCCGCUUCUAAAUGCCGUGAGUGGGUCUUGGGGACCGCGAGGCACGAAUUUAUUGGACGGAGAUGCGCCAUUCUACGAUGUUUAUACCUGUUCAGAUGGAAAGUGGAUGAGUAUAGGGUGCCUGGAGCCCCAGUUCUUUGCUCAAUUCAUUAGCAAAUUCAACGGGGUCAUGAAAUCGAGUGGAAAGCAAGGAAGCUGGUCACCGUCGCAGUCGACGCAAAUCACGAAGGAAGAUUGGCCUAAACUUCGCAAGUAUCUUGAAGAAGGGUUUAGGACACAACCGAGAGACUUCUGGACAGAGGUUUUCCACGGCACUGACGCUUGUGCAGUCCCAGUCCUGUCUCCCACAGAAGCAGCUCAGUUCUAUGGACUCCACCCUAUGCCUCAUCCGGAGCUCAGCAGAACACCGCCGUCACAUCUACGAGACGAAAUUACGACACUGGAUCCAGGGAAGCACACUGCAGACAUUCUGAAAGAACUCGGAUUGUCUGAAGAGAAGAUGAGGCAACUUGCCAUUGACGGAGCAUUGGGUAAAGAAGCACAAGCAUUAAAACUUCCCAAGUCAAAAUUAUGA